GCGAUGGCUUACAUACGUGCUGCAUAGAAACACGUUGCACGAGAAAUAUUCGAGAAAUCGGGCUCUCAGCUUUUAGAACGGCAGCGCCUACAUAUUUGUUCCUCCUUUUCCCCAUUUCUCUUCUAUUCCUGCUUUUCUAACUAGAAAUCUCAAAGAUGGGAAACGGAUGAAAUCCAUUUCUUGAUAAGGGGGGUCUUCUAAGGCUAGCACGAACACUUGCGGAAUCAGGCCAUCCAAUGUUGCAAAAUCCCGGCCCCCCUCGAGAAGUAAAAGACUGGUAAGCUAGGGCUAAAGGGGGCAGUGCUGUUUUAUUACAGUACACAACACCCGUAAUUUUCGUUUCGGCAAGAUCCCCAUCGCUUAUUCGCAGUUGAGGACAUCGGUUAGCGAGAGGAUUGGAUUGUGGGAGAGCCGUUGGCUGACAUGCAAGGCAGAGGCACACAGAGGAAACUCGACUCCUCAAUGGUCACAGUCAGGUUGUAUCAGACGCCGCAUUGGGUGCGCGUCGUCACCAAGCAGUCUUGGAAAGGUGAUAUAUACGGGAGUGGGAAUUGUUAAGGACUUUAAGUUCCGAUUUUUGCACAAGCGUUGAUGUAAACAUAUCGUCUCUCCUUUCUAGUAGUAUCCUCAGCCUUCACUUUUCAUCCAUAGUCGUGUAACCUGUCCAUAUCAGCACUUCCUUCCCACUGAAGUUAUUAUAUCAAGUUGGUCAACAUGGGGCCCAACUGUCUUUGUAUGUCUCGCUGUCAUUCGAUGGGUGACAACAUCCGCUAAUAUGAAUUCCACACAGCGGUCUACGACCCAGACAAUACUUGGAACUUCUGUCCCUCCCUCCCAGCUGCAAUCCUAUUCACAGUCUUGUUUGGGAUCGUGUCUGCUCUUCAUGUAUUCCAGGUACGCGAAUUCUGUAUUAUUUACAAUUGCAAUCUAACGAAUUACAUAGGCUGCCAGAUACAAAACGACAUUCUGCUGGGCCAUAAUAAUGGGUGCCCUCUGGGAGACUGCAUCAUUUUUGAUCCGAAACAUCUCCAUCUAUAAUCCCAAGUCUGAAGGUCCUGCCGAUACAUGGUUUCUCUUGUUCCUACUAGCACCUCUAUGGAUCAACGCCUUCGACUACAUGUUAUUGGGACGAAUGGUAUUUCAAUAUCUUCCCAACCAAAAGCUGGGGGGUAUCAAGGCGCAAAGAAUGGCGUUAUACUUUGUUAUCUUGGACAUUGUGUUCGUUGUCCAACUGACCGUGCUUGGGCGAACCGAACUGAAGCUGAUGUGAAUACAGUUCCUUCAUCGUUCAAAUCGGAGGCGGCCUUAUGGUUAUCAGCAAGAACAACAAAACCAGAGAAAACGGUCUCCACAUCUACACCGCGGGUUUGGUUUUGCAGGAAUGCUUCAUCCUCGUUUUUGCAGCCCUAGUGUUCACAUUUAAUCGCCAUGUCAAGAGAGAAGCGCCCGUAGAGCAAGCAGCUAGAGCAAAGAAACUAGUACUAGCUUUAUACGCCUCCCUCGUUCUUAUCUCUGUAAGCUCUAUUUCCCCUCCCUCAAACUACUCAUUCAUUCCUCAUAACUAUCCAGAUCCGUAUCAUCUACCGCCUCCUUGAGUUCGCCGGCUCCUUCGAUAGUGCACUCACCCAAGAACUCUGGACCCACGAAGUCUACCAAUAUGCUCUUGACGGAACGCCUAUGUUCUUCGCGCUCCUCAUUAUGGUUGUUAUGCAUCCAGGGCAGGUUCUUCCGGGGGAGAUGAGUACUUUCAAACAGUUCUCUCCGAAUAGGGUAGUCAUGCAGGGCGAGCAGAAAAGUGGUCGUAGGUUCUUUGGGAGAAAGAAGGUUGGUAGUAGUGGGAGUAGCUUGGAACCUAUUCAGAUGAAUGCUGCUCCGGGUCAGGAUAAUUCUUGGGCGAAGCACUGAGUCAGGCUGGGCUGUGAGGGACGUUGCAAGGGUCUCCGAAUUGUAGAGUGUGUGGCGCCAUUUUCAUAGAGUCCAAUCUGCGAAUACCUGUUGUGGGGGCCACAAUCUAAUGUAGCUAGAAGAGGACGCAAGUCGGGUAUGGCUGUUCAGCGGCAAUAUACCAAGGGAAGAGGUGUGGGUGGUUAAUAUACAACGUGGGGGUACUUUUGUUUUCGGUUGGUAAAUGAGAUAUCCUGGAAUAGGAAUCGUGCAAGGAAUGAACAUUUUCUGUCUGCCCAGGCUGUAAUUAGUACACAGUAAUAUAAUAGUUGCGCGCGCU